CGUGACACCCAGCCAUGGCCACCCAGUCCCUAGCACAGAGCUGCAGCUGAGCCUUUCUGUUCAAUCCUUCCCUUUGAAGUUUAUUUUUAAGCAACCUGGAAACCAGCAGAAGCUGAUGGCUUUUCCUUUUCACAUUUUCAUGCAAAUUCGAGCGCUGGGCCUGGGUUCCUCACACUUCCCAGCAGCUGUCCCCACCCACGGCUCUCUCAGCCGCUCCAGCAGCCAGCCUGGGAUCCUCCCAGACUCCGGCUUUGUUCUCAGGCUGGGAGGCAGAGCGGCCUCUGCCGGAAACUGGGCUGAGCCUGGGGGUGCUGGUGGGCAGGGAAAGUAGGACCCUCCGCAAAGAUAUCUGGAAGGCCACACACUCACAGCCCCUUCUGGGACCCAGGGCUCCAGAGGAGGGCACAGCCCCACGGCCACCAGCCACCGGGGCUACCGCUGCUUGUCAGGGACCUGGGUGGGUAUGGCCUGAGGCUUAGAUGGCCAAAGGCCACUUCCCAAAGGUUAAAAGGCUGGAUAGCUCCCUAGCCUGAACCAGCCAUCUCACUCCUGGGUACCGCCCCCCUGCCCCCAACCGUGAGGGCUGCAAAGCUCUGGCUCUGCCAUCUGGAAAAGCACAGGGAAGGCAGGCAGGCGCCCCGGCCCACCAUGUUCUUGGUCACCCAACCAGGCAGAGGCGGGGUUCAUGCGCCAACUCACUCCCCACCGUUCACGAGGUGGCCAGUGGUCAGUCACUCAUGGACUCACUGACAGCCCCUCAAACCUAUGUGAGGCAAUGCGAGCCCGGCACUCCCACGGGAGUGUGAGAACGCACGGGUGCUGCCCACGGGUAAAGCUGACGGUCCGUGUGGAACUCUGGAAGCAGGCGGGACCGUCCUUUUAAAUGUCUUUCACUUGUGAUGCCCCUGCACAGGACACAGAAACUGACUAAACAGGGCCGACCUGUCACAGGGCCCUGCUGCACGUCACAGCCACACGGCCAUGGUCCUCGGUGAACGUGAGCACACACCCCAAGGCCCCCUGCAGUCACACUCAGCACACGCAGACCAGCACGUCGUGACACCACUCAGAUCAGAAACUCCGUGGACAGGGCAGGGCGGGACCCCAAUGGUCACUCAGCCCUCUCAGUCCACAAUCUGCUAGGCAUCUGAGGCCUCAGGUCACAGGGUGAAAGUUCCCCAAACUCAAGAGAAUUUAGGUAUUCUCAGACUUGACCAUGACCAUGCCACACAGGACACUCCUCUCGGCCCCCAGAUUAAUUCUUUCAGGUCAGCCUUGAGAGAACAGAAAACGUGGGCGGGGGGAGGUGGCAGGCAGUUCUGAGCAGGGGCAGCUGGUGCUCACCCCGUCCCAGACCCCAGACCCCCGCAGCCACAGCGGUGGCGGUGUCUCCUGUCUCUCCAGGUGCCUUUGCCUCGCUUAACUCCCGCUACCCACUGCCAGCACAGGUCCCCGUCAGUCCUAAGCUGCUGCUGACGCUGACGCUCUGCUUCUCCACUGCAGCUCCUGGUUCCCAGAUGAACGAGACUGGCAGGCCCGGGGCACGUGCAGCCGGCGUCAAAUAAAAGCACGUGGCCAGGAAGGCCAAGAGAAACGGCCAUACACACCCCCACGGCCACACACAUCUUCGCGGCCACCGAGUCCAAACUGAACAGAGCCGGCUGGGAGAGAGCCCCUGGGAGGACAGCGGAAGAAAGAUGAGUCUCCUCAAAGAGCGGAAACCAAAAAAGCCACACUACAUCCCCAGGCCGCCGGGAAAGCCCUUCAAGUACAAGUGCUUCCAGUGUCCCUUCACCUGCAACGAGAAGUCACACCUCUUCAACCACAUGAAGUACGGUCUCUGCAAAAACUCCAUUACUUUAGUGUCAGAGCAGGACCGCGUCCCCAAGUGCCCCAAAUCCAACUCUUUAGACCCCAAGCAAACCCACCAGCUGGAGACCACUGCGAAAUCCACGCCCUCCAAGUCGAUCCCGAACGGGCUCCCGCACCCAGACGCCAAGCUCCCACUCGGCCUCACCAGGGAGGACGCCAAGGAAAACCUGGCCGUGCCCACACGCGCGGCCCACAAGGGCUCCGGACAGAAGCCUGCUCUGCCCAAGGACGCGGCACGGCCGAGCCCAGCCCCCGAGGCCACCCAGGCUGCUCCGGAAGGCCUCGUGCGGCCUUCGGCCUUUGUCCCCGUCACAGAGCGCAGACUCACAGGGCCCGGGCCCGCCGAGGCUCCUGAGGCACGGGCACUGCCCAGCCCCACCGCCAAGGCCACCACCUUCCACCCCAAGUCUGCGUUCCACGCACCCGGCUACCCGUGGAAAGUGGGCCCGCCAUUCCUCCCGCCCGAGUUUCCCCCUAAAGUCCCAGCUGCCAAGGGCUUCGGCACCCUCUCCCCUUAUGUGCAGCCCUCAGUCCCCGAGUACCCGCCUCACUUCUACACGGAACACGGACUGGCCACCAUCUACUCCCCCUACCUACUGGCCGGGAACCCGCCCGAGUGCGACGCGGCCCUGCUGUCAGUGUACGGGGCCCCAGAGCAGAGACACUUCCUGCCCCAGCCGGGGCCGAUGCCCAAGCACGUGCCCGCGCCGGCCUCCACCUAUGAGCACUAUCGGCUCCUGCAGCAGUUCCAGUCCGCCCUGCCCGUCCCGUAUGGCUUCUUCCGGCCAGAGCCCGCCUUCCCCUCCUACGGGCUCAGGCUCCCACCCAUGGCCAGCCUUUCCCGAGAUCAGAGCUCUCACCUCCUGGAAGAGGCCGCCCCAGUCUACGCAGCCUCGGGCCCGUCCAAGGCGAGCCCCUCCGACGCCCACAGGAAGCGCAUGGGCUGCGAGAAAGAGAGCCCGACUCCCGAGGCCGAAGACCCUUCCAAAGACGGCCGGAGGGACACAGAAGGGACCAAAAUGAGCCCACGUGCGGGCAGUGCGGCCACCGGCUCGCCGGGCCGGCCGAGCCCCACCAACUUCACACAGACAAGCCAGCCGUGUGCGGGGCUGUGCGGCCACUCGGACAAAGCCACCGUGAGCACCCUGGGGAGGCUCCCGCAAGCGGAGCAGAGCCUCACGGCCUUCCAGCCCAUCAGGAGGAGCGCGGAGCGCCCAGGGGCCCAGGACAGAGGCCAGUCUCCCACGAGCCUUGGGGCCGCAGAUGACAGCACCCUGGCUCAGACCAGGGGCACCACUGAGGGCGCCGAGGCGGUGCCUGCCAGCACAGAGGACGACAGCCCCAGAACGGCCCCACUGAACCUGUCCACAAAGCCCGAGGCCCGGCUGGUGGCCCACGACUCCGUGUACGGAGACUUCACAGAGCUGCAGGACGCACCUCUGAACCUCUCAGUGAAGGACCCCUGCAACGCCCUGGCCCCAAGGCCUGCCGUUCGCAGCCCACCGCGAGAAGCAGAGCCUGCUGCCGCCGCCGCCCACGAAACUGAGCCAGAAGAUGCCGGAGACGGGCCAGCCCCUGCUGAGACCGACCGAGACAGCCCUGGCGCCAAGGUUCCGGGGACAACCCCCGCUGGGGAGGCCCAGGACGCACGGGCAGUGGACAGCAGUGAUGAGCAGAAGCAGACGGCAGCCGUGGCCCUCUGCCAACUGGCAGCCUACAGCCCGAGCACUGUCCGGGUGGGCGAUGGGGAGCCCUUCGCCCAGGAGUCCGCCUGCCAACGAGACACACCCGCCCUCAAUGCCACAGAAAACCCGGAGCCCCAGAGUGACCUCAGACCAAAAGCGCAGAAGAGGACAAGCCCACGGGACGCAGGCAAGGCCCAGCAGGGAGCCAAGAAGACAAAGCCGAGCGACACGGCCAGAGUCCUCACGCUCCGGAAAAGAAAGCGGGUAUCGUAG